UUUGCGUUCACGCGAAGGGGGGGGAUUCUGGCAGGGGGGAGCUUUUUGGCACACAUCAACAGCUGGAAAACAACGACAGUUUCUUGAAAUGUACACAAAAUAAUUAAAAAAGGUUUGACUGCUAAAUGGUAGUCCCUGUUCUCCUGCAUUCUUGUUUAACUUUUGAAUCUUCUAGCUUGGAUGACAGGAUGGAGGAGGAAACAAAGGGAAGGAAGUUAUCCAGCCGGCUGACUAAAAAAUUUCCUGAAACAUGUCAAUGACCUGAUGUAUGGCCUCUACAGCAGUGCUUGGCCACCCACUGAGUUACCAGUGACCUUUUCUGCCACAUCCCAGGGAAAGGAGAGAGCAGAACCACCCCGCCUUAAAUCCAUACUCAUUGACAUUACAAAACUCUUGUGAAAUGAUUCAACAGACACCUCCCUUGAUCUGAAUCAUCACAUGACUCUUCGAGAGGGCCACAACACUCCAGAUCGCCUUCUGUGCUGAGCUAAUGGCCCUCUCAGGCUGGGUGUGUUUGGUGACAGGUGCCUCUCGUGGCAUUGGAAGAGGCAUUGCCCUGCAGCUGUCAGAGGCAGGAGCUACUGUCUACAUCACUGGCCGACAGGAGAAGACCCUGAAGGAAACUGCUGCUCAGGUGAAGGAGAGGGGUGGGAACUGUGUGCCAGUUGUAUGUGAUUCUUCAAGUGAUGAAGACCUAAAAUAUCUAUUUGAUCAAAUCCAACGUGAGCAGAAUGGCAGACUGGACAUCCUAGUGAACAACGCCUAUGCUGGUGUACAGGCUAUUUUCACUAACAUGGGGAAGAAGUUCUGGGAAACCGAUCCAACCAUAUGGGAUUCCAUAAACAACACUGGCCUUAGGGGACACUAUUUCUGCUCAGUGUAUGCUUCACGGAUGAUGGUGGCACAGGGCAGGGGCUUGAUUGUGGUCAUCUCUUCUAUGGGAGGGUUGAGGUAUCUCUUCAAUGUGUCAUAUGGGGUUGGUAAGGCUGCGUGUGACAGGCUAGCUGCAGACACAGCAGUUGAGCUGAGAAGCAGGGGAGUGGCCUCUGUCAGCCUGUGGCCGGGAGCAGUUCAGACAGAGCUGGUGUCUCAACUCAUCAUUGAGAAGGAUGCUCCACCAGGCGUUGAUCCUAAGUUCAGAGCCUUCUUUGCCAAUGGAGAAACCACAGAGCUGAGUGGGAAGUGCAUUGUUGAGCUGGCGAAAGAUAAAAACCUGAUGUCGCUGUCAGGAAAAGUGUUGAUGACCUGUGACCUGUCUAGACGAUACGGAAUACAAGAUGUUGACGGCCGCAGUGUGACUGACUACACCUCCCUUAAAUUCCUCCUGACCCAGGUCCCAUAUCUUUCCUGGCUCUCCUCGAUGGUACCCUCAUUCUUCCGGGUUCCUCGGUUUGUUCUUACCCUCACCAACGGACGUUUCUGAGCCACCCCAAACUCCUCUGUGACACACAGAUUACUGCAGUGUCAGUAAUGUACAUUUAUAUGGUAUUCCUAUACAUAUAAUACUAAAUCAUUUAUAAUUCUGUGUUCAUAUGCAUAAGAAGGAUUUGCACCAGUGUACUGAAUGUACCGUAUUAUGAAUAUUACAAGAGUUUAUAAGCUUGUAUGUGAUUAAACUUGUCUAUUGCCUCUGACUGACAUAAAUACAUACAUACAUACAUACAUACAUACAUUGGGAAAUGCCCCAUACAGUACAUGUCAAAACCAAUGAGUGGAAUGGUAUCCAAUACAUCAAACACAUGGUUUCCAUGUGAUUGAUGCCAUUCCAUUCUCUCUGUUCCAGCCAUUUUUAUGAAAUGUCCUCACCUUAACAGUCAAAACAAAAGGACUGAUAACUUUCUUUGACAAAAUGCUAUUUUUGAGGUGAUCAAAAUGAAGGUAUGCUGAAUAAAAAAAAUGAAGUUAUGACUAUAACACUAUACUGAAUAUUUCAUCGUAUGAAGAGAAAUUCCAGCUGUGACGUUUUUCUGCAUUUAAAAACACUUAAGCAAAUGUGAGCGCAUUUUGUAAUACUGAUAUGUAAAUAAAAUUCUCUACAUUCCUAUACCAA